CGUACACAACUCCUCUAUCUACACACAGUGUUCUACGUUCUGCGUCUAUUUGAUUAGACGAAUUUCUUUCAAUCGUCUCGGUUUCAAUUGAUUUUCUUCCAGCAGGUUAAUCAGUUCCGCCCACGAGUUUGUUGCUCCGUGAAUCUAAAAAACCCUAAUUUUGCAUUUUGCAGAAUCAGAAGCCAUUAAAAAAUGGCAAAACCCUCGUCGUCAAGGUUUCUCAUGAGGUGUUUCCACCAGAUUGCUUCAAAACCCUCGAUCAGUGGUAAUCCCACCAGCAGUGGAAUUUCCCAUUUUCUCACCAGCAACCCUAAAUUAAUCAGAAACCCCACUUCUCGGUCGUCGCUUUUGAGUUCCCAUUUCUCCUCGUCGCCCAACGCGCCGCGUGUUUUUGGAAAAUUAGAUCCACGCGCGAAAUUCUCGCCGCCGCCUGGAACUUAUUUAGGGUUUAGGUAUUUUUCAUCGGCGAAUCGUGAGAUGGGUUCGAAGAAUUUUGCUAAGAAAGCGAUGAAAAACCCUGCUCUGACUUUGAAGAGUGCGCUGGCACGUUACAAGGAGGCGGUGGUGCUGCAUAUUGAAGCGUUCUGGAAGAGGAAUUAUCUGGUGGUGCUGGGUGCAGGUGGUUUUGUGGUGUGCAUUUUGCUAUGGCGGGUCUUGUUUGGUAUUGCGAGUACUUUUAUUGGGUUUUCGGAGGGCAUGGCCAAGUAUGGGUUUCUGGCUCUUUCAUCCGCCAUCGUUGCUUUCACUGGCUUGUAUUUCCGUUCAAGAUUCACCAUAAAUCCAGAUAAAGUUUACAGAAUGGCGAUGAGGAGGCUCAAUACAUCAGCUGGUAUUCUCGAGGUUAUGGGUGCCCCUCUUACAGGAACGGAUUUGAGAGCAUACGUCAUGUCUGGUGGUGGCAUCUCUCUCAAGAAUUUCCAACCCGGUUUAAGAAGCAAACGGUGUUUCCUUAUUUUCCCCAUCCAAGGUUCCGAAAGGAAGGGUUUAGUCAGUGUUGAAGCCAAGAAGAAGAAAGGCCAGUACGAUAUGAAACUAUUGGCUGUGGACAUACCCAUGGCAAGUGGACCUGAUCAACGGCUGUUCUUGAUCGGAGAUGAAGAAGAGUACAGGAUAGGUGGUGGUUUAAUUUCCGAGCUGCGGGACCCGGUUGUUAAAGCAUUGGCUGCUGCCAAGGAGUUUGAAGCCCGUGACGAAAAGGAGGAUGAAGAGGAUGCUGCGAGGGAACUUCUAGAAGCUGAAAUAAAAAAUCAAGAAGAAAUCGAAAAACUCGAAAAGCGCAACUCGUAAUAUAGCUUGUCUCGCGAUACAUUUUCCUAUUCCCUCGUUUUUGACUUUUUAUUUUUUUCGAGUUGUUUUCGAGGAAAUCCUUUUGUAUAAACUUGCUGACAUAAAAAAAGGGUAGUAAUUCCUUGCAAGAAAAAUCUUUGACUUGAUCAUUGAGAAACAUGAUGAUGGGAUCAUACUUUCAUAACAUAUGAGUGAGUCUUGCUUUAUUUUA